AUGUCGCGACAAUAUCUCGCGUGGGGCUCAGCCGAUAAUGCGCACCCCGUCGACAUCUUCUCACUGGCAGUCACUGAGAAGCAAGUCUUGUCUGUGUCUGGUGCUCCGUCAAUCAAGGUUCACUCAACCGAGAACACGGAAUUCCCGCUGGUUCAGUCAAUCGAUCAAGCCCACACCUUAGGUUGCCACCACAUCGUGACCGACUCCAGUGGUACCCGCGCCGUGAGUGCUGGCUUUGAUGGAAACCUCAAAGUCUGGGCGUGUAAUGAUGGUCAUUGGGCUGCAGACGCUACUACAACAGCUUCUCUCGCAAGCAUCCACCCGUGGGCCAUCGCCUUGUCUGGAGAUGGUCAAUAUCUAGCUGGUGUCUCCGAGAGUGGCCAUGUUGGCGUUUGGGAUCUGAACAACGAGGGCGCUCAAAUUCGAGACCACGAGACCAAGGGAAGCUUUGGCACUUGCAUCGAUCUGUCUGCCGAUGGGCGAUUUAUUGCGAGUGGUCACGAAAAUGGUGCGGUGUACAUUUUUCUCACCGACACUGGUCGCAUGCCAUUUUCUCUAUCAGGCUUGGUGAAACCCGUCCGUGCAGUUGCAUUUUCACCCGGUGGAAAAAUCCUGGCUGCCGCUGGCGAUUCGAAGGUUAUCGUGCUCUACGAUACUUCAUCAGGCGAACAGAUCGCCAAUCUGUCAGGUCAUUCAGCCUGGGUUCUGUCUCUUUCUUGGAGUAGCUCUGGCGAGUUUCUUCUUAGCAGUUCCUUUGACGGCAAGGUCAAAGUCUGGUCUAUUGACACUAAGAUGUGUGUCGCUACGCAUUCUGAGACCGAGAAAGCAGUAUGGAGCGUCAAGUGGCUUCCAAAGACUGCCCGCUCGGAGAGCUUUGCCACCGCAGGUGCCAAUAGGAGUGUGGCUUUCUACCGCGAGGCCACCGGAGGUUGA